AUGAAAUUGAUUAACUCUUCUGAUGGUGUCUUUAACCUUAUUUCUCACAUUUUACAGUGUUGGGCUCCCCAAGACGUCGCAGAAUUUUCCCUGAUCCUUUGGAGCAUGUGGCAUAGUCGGAAUGCUUUGCACUGGAACAACACUCCUUGGAACCAGAACGAGAUCAUCCUUCGUGCCUCCUCCAUGCUUCAUGAUUGGGCCACCGCUAACAGAGCUACUUCGGCGCAGCACUCCAAACCCCCUCCUAAACAGCGCUGGUCUCCUCCUUCCCAAGGGUCUCUUAAGUGCAACAUCGCCACUUACUCCUUCCCGAUGGAAGGGCUUACUGGAAUUGGCAUCUGCAUUAGAGACCACCAAGGAGCCUUUAUUAGAGCUCGAAUAACCACCAUCAAAGGCAGUAUGGAGCCCCACGUUGGUAAAGCCUUUGCUUUUCUCCAUGCUAUCAACUGGACCCACAAUCAGAACUUGGAGAAUAUUAUAUUCGAAACAGAUUGUAAACGCAUUCCCCCUUAUUUCUCCAAUCACCUUUCCGCAGACACAUCUGAAUUUGGUUGCCUGCUUGACCAAUGUAAGCCUUUUAUGGCAAAACCCUCAAACUCUCAUGUGAGUUUCUCCCCUAGAUCUGCCAAUAUUGUUGCUCAUAAGCUUGCUAAAGCAGCAAUAGACAGUGCAAAUCUUAAUGAUUUCUUCCACAUCCCAAAUUGUAUCCUUUAUGACAUUCUCAAUGAUAUGAACUAA